UCUCCAACUACCGACGCUACGUGUCGCGCACAUCAACAGUUUAUAUAAUCGUAUAAAAUAUACCUAGUCGAAUUCUGUCCGGCCGCACAGCAACCGCUCGUAUCUUGCACCAUGUACUUAUGGUAUAUGAAAUGCGAGCUCGUGGGCUUAACCUCCGAAUUAAAAACACAUAACUAAGUUUACGAUAAUAAUAUUGUUUUCUCCAAUUUUAAUCGUUGAAUUAAUAACUUAUGUGCCUUAUAACACACUACUAUAGUGAUCGACGCCAAAAUUCAAAGACAACUGCUACCGCAUAAUUACUGUUUAAAAUCCAACGCAAAUAGGACAUAGAUUCCAACGUACAAAAUCGCAUUAGGUACCUACAUAAUGUUUCCAGCGGCCGUCAUAAUCGUAGCGUGUUGUACGACAAUAGUACUACUCAUUUACAACUAUACGACAUCCACGUACAAGUAUUGGAAAACGAAGUCGGUGACGUUUGCCACACCCGUACCACUAUUCGGUAACAUCAAAGACCAAGUGACGCUAAAAAUGACUCAGGGCGAGUGCUUGAAAAAUAUUUACAAUGAUUUUCCUCAUGAAAAGUUUGUGGGCAUGUACCAGUUACAAACUCCAACAUUAUUGCUCCGCGAUCCAGAAAUCAUUCGGUUGUUUCUGGUUAAGAGCUUCGCACACUUUACGGACAGAGGAUUCUUGUACGACGGUCACAGGGAACCGUUGACCAAACAUCUAGUCAAUUUAGAGGGUGACACGUGGAGGAUUCUCCGACAAAAGCUCACACCUACAUUCAGCUCCGGUAAAAUCAAAAGUAUGUUAGGACUGUUACAAGGCUGCGGAGCACAACUCAUUGAAUACAUGGAAGCAACCAUCAAUUCUGGAAAGACGGAAUUCGAAAUUCGUGACCUAACAGCCAAGUUCACUACAGAUGUAAUUGGUACGUGCGCGUUUGGACUAGAAUGCAAUUCACUGAAUGACUCACAAUCCGAAUUCAGAAGGAUGGGAUGUGCGGUGCUCAAUUCUUCGGCGUCUUUAGCGUUUGCAAAAAUAGUCCGAAUAUUCUUCCCAAAAAUUUUCAAAGCGUUGAAACUCCGUACAUUCCCGGCCGAAGUACAACAGUUCUUUAUGGGCAUCGUGAAACAGACAAUCGACUUCCGGAAUACCAACCAAGUGCGCCGGAACGACUUUAUACAGUUGUUGCUUGAGAUUAAAAAUCAAAAUAACCAUCAAGAAAACCCGAUUAAUUCAAUUAAACUGACUGAAGAGUUGAUCGCCGCUCAAGUAUUCGUGUUCUUCUUGGCUGGCUUCGAGACAUCCUCCACGACACUGAGUUUUUGCUUGCACGAGAUGGCCGUCAACCAAGAUAUACAAAACAGGGUAUACGAAGAAAUCAACGAAACAGCCGAUAAGUAUGGAAUGCCAUUCUCUUAUGAAGCAAUCUCUUCAAUGAACUACUUAGAACAGUGUCUGAAAGAAACGAUGAGAAAAUAUCCACCAGUACAGACGUUGGUCCGGGUGUGCACCAAACAGUUCCGGAUUCCUGGCACAGAAUUAGACCUGGACGUGGGCACGGCUGUGUUGAUACCAGUAUACGCGAUACAUCACGACCCAAAGUACUAUCCGGAACCGGACACGUUCGACCCGGAUCGGUUUGCUAAAGACUGCAACGGUGGUGGUAGCGACCACGGGAGACCCGCCGGAGUUUUUCUACCGUUCGGCGAUGGCCCGCGCAUAUGCAUAGGUAUGCGGUUUGCCAUGUUAGAAAUGAAACUAGCGUUGGCCCAGUUCCUGCAUAGCUACUUGGUGACACUGAGCGACAAAUCCUGUACACGCAUCGAGUUCGAACCUGCUUCAUUUCUGUCCUGCCCGAAAGGUGGUAUAUGGUUGAACGUCAAUAAACGUACACAGUGAGAUCGCACAGCGUACACCAAUAUUUUUAUAUUAGUUAAUGUCAUUAGAUCACGUGUAGUUUUAAAUAUAUUAUAAAAUCUAUUCAAACGUUUAUCUUUACUCUGUA